AUGGGCGAGCGGAGGAUGGCUAGUAUUUUCCCUGAAUGCGACCAAUUAAAACAGAAUUACGACAAGUGCUUUACGGAAUUUUUUCAAAAGUUUAUUGGUUCAAAUUAUCGUCACAAAUAUGCGACAAAUCCAUGUGACAGGCUUCAUCAAGCAUAUCGGGAGUGCGUUGAAGAGAGGCUUGCGACCGCUAAACCGUUCGAGAUCGACAUUUCCGAAAUUGAGAAAAAAUUUCUGAAUACAGAAGACGAUAAAUUACGGGAUAGUCAAGAAGGAAAGUACCUCCAAUCUAAUUUGCCUCACCCUCAAAUUAUUUCUGAUUCUGGAGAGUCACGAUUCAAUCAGUUGGAGCGUACCUUGGAACAGUUUCAGUUCAUGAUCAGUGAACAAGUUUACGCCUUUUUGCAGGAAAACGCUCGCCACUUGGGUGUAAUUGCGACCGAUUUCGGAGCUAGAAGUCAGGAACCUUUCAAUCAAAAAAUUCACACCUUAAUAUCUGGCUUGCAGGAGCUGGAUCAAAUGCGAAGUCAGUUUAUGGACGUGAAAGUCCCAUUAGAGCUACUUGAUGUGUUAGAUCAAGGUAAAAAUCCUCAACUGUAUACAAAGGAAGUUCUGGAAAGGACGCUGCAGAAGAAUAAAGAGUUAACUUCAUUUAGACCUAUGUCCAUUUGGGCUAAUCCGGUUUUUCGGCCCCAGAAUGGAGUAUCAGCCGCACUGAUUCGAUUUGUUCCCCACUUCGUAGGACUACGGUUAAGCUGGACUCAGAACUCUCUGCGAAGUGAAGGUAUCGAGCAAUUUGUGGAGGAGUACCUUCCGAUCAUAAGGGAGAACAAUCCACAAAUCCAAUAUUUCCUUCACAGGACCUACACUGAAUGUGAUCCUUUCGUUGUUGGAGAGUACAAAUUCCAUCGAUAUCGUAAGAAACGUGUGUCUUGGAGAUCAAAGCAUCAAGUAUUAUCAAUGGUAGAGGAAAUGGCAAUUGGAGGCGAUUAUCGUCCAGGGCUGAAACGUGGCGUCAAUAGACGUCUACCGCGUGGUUUAGAGUUAUGGGAUACGGAGACCAUGGGGCAUGAUGUUUUCAAGGUGCACAGUAAAUGGAAGGCUGAUGAGGAGGACAUGGAGAUGCCCACGUCUCAGAAACAUCCUAAUUUUGUAUAUAGGAAAUACUGA